CGAUCAUAAGGCAAUAUGUGUAUGCAUAGCAAUUGUUAGCCUCAGGACGUCUGAAGGGACGGCCCUCUGUUUGGGCUACCGGUAUGCGACAUCCUACUGGCUUGACGCCUUCCAAUGUCCCUAGGAUGACGUUAGUUAGAAAUGAAACACAUAUUGCUACUAGAUAGAUAACCCUACUACCAUUUUUCAUACUAGGAUACAGCCUAGCCUGCUGCGUGAAGCCAACGCAGCCAUUGCGCCAAAGAAUUAGACCAGCUAUGGAUCAGGAGGACGAAUAUGGAGGGCUCUUCCUGGUAUCGGUCGACGAUCUUGGAGUGCCUGGGCUAUGGUCGUCCGUCAAGGAUCUGCUGGAGAGCCGCAGCCUGCUGCACCAGCUGACGCUGCACAACAAGGUCGGCCGGGCCGUGGCGGUGGAGCGGAUGGCGCUCACGUUGGUUCCCUCCGGUGACAAGCGGCUGCAGCGGCUGCGUCCCUUCGCACACAGCCCCGUCGUGUGGUUCCGACACCCCUACGCGCACCUGCUACUGGUCAGCACCGCAGACGCCUCCGAGUACCGCUCCGCCCUCAAGCCCGCGCUCAAGCGAGCCAUAGCCGAGCUGGAGCACUACUGGGGCGGACCGCCGCCCUACAACACCCUUGCCGGCGGCCUGGCUCCCCAGCCACACCCGCCGGGCUACGCAGCC